AUGGCGCCUCCCCUGCCUUCCCUGGGCCCAGGGGCGGCGGCGGCGGCGCCCCGGCCGGCGUGGAACACGAACCGCAACCUGGUGGUGACCCACCCGCUGCUCGCCCUCCUCGAGUCCUGCGCCUCCUUCCCGCGCUUCCUCCAGCUGCACGCGCUGCUCACCGUCUCCGGCCUCGCCGCGGGCCGCUUCCCGGCGUCCCGCCUCCUCGCCUUCUGCGCCCUCUCCACUCCGCCCCGCCUCGACCACGCCGCCGCCAUCCUCGCCCGCGCCCCCGCCUCGGGCCCCAACGCCUACAUGCUCGCCACCAUGAUGCGCGCCUUCCUCCGCGCCCGCCUCCCGCGCCGCGCCCUCGCGCUCUUCCGCCGCGUCGUCCGCCACGCCCUCCCCGCCGACGGUCGCACGCUCGUCUUCGCGCUCAAGGCCGCCGCGGCUUCCUCCGAGCGCGGGCCCUCGUCUGCAGUCGGGGAGGGCGUCCACUGCGUCGCCCUCAAGUGGGGGCUCGUCGGCCGGAGCGUGCUCGUCGGGAACGCGCUGGUGCACUUCUACGCGGACCACGGGCCGUUGCCGCGUGCGCGGAGGGUGUUCGACGAAAUGUCCGAGAGGGACGUCGUCUCCUGGACGACUAUGGUGGACGGGUACGCACGGAGAGGGCUGGCCGACGAUGCGUGGCGCUUGUUUUGCAGGAUGGUGGUGGCGGGGGGACAGCAGCCGAAUGAGGUGACGCUGGUUGCGGCGCUGUCGGCGAUCGGGCAGAUGGGGUUGCUGGCGCUGGGGAGGAUGGUGCAUCGGUAUGUUGCAGAGGGUGGUGUGGCUGGAAGUGUCAGCUUGGCGAACGCAUUGAUCGACAUGUUUGGGAAAUUCGGGUGCGUGCUCUCUGCCAGGGAGGUUUUCGACGGCAUGGCUGUCAAGGAUGUGUACUCCUGGACGACGAUGGUUAACGUUUAUGCCAAGUGCGGUCACUUAGAGAGUGCAGCUCAACUGUUUGAGGAUAUGCCUCGGAGGAAUGCAGUUUCUUGGAGUUGCAUGAUUGCUGCUUACUCGCAGGCAAAUCAGCCUGAGGAAGCAGUGAGACUGUUUAAAAAGAUGAUUGAAGAAAGUGUUGAGCCGAUUAAUGCUACCCUUGUGAGUGUGCUUCCGGCGUGUGCUCAGUUGGGUUGCCUGGAUCUUGGUAGGUGGAUAUAUGAUAACUACAUCAUCAGUGGUAAGGCUGUACUCACCGUGAAUUUAGGUAAUGCAUUCAUUGAUAUGUAUGCAAAAUGUGGAGAUUUGGAUGCAGCAUCAAGAUUAUUUGCUGAGAUGGGAGAGAAAAAUGUAGUGACUUGGAAUUCGAUGGUCAUGGCCCAUGCUGUGCACGGCCAGUCUGAAGAAGUCCUUCAUCUCUUUGAGCAAUUGAAAGGAACAGGUAUUAUGCCUGAUGAGAUCACAUUCCUUGGGCUACUUUCUGCAUGCAGUCAUAGUGGGUUGGUUUCAGAAGGGCGGCGAUAUUUUAAAGAAAUGAAAAUGGGUUAUCAGAUUGAACCCAAAGCAGAACACUAUGCAUGCAUGAUUGAUCUUUUGGGGAAAAGCGGACUUCUUGAAGAGGCACUCAAAGUUGCAAAGGGUAUGCCAAUGGAAGCUGGUGAGGCUGGUUGGGGUGCUCUUUUGAAUGCAUGCAGAGUGCAUGGCAAUGUAGAGAUUGGUGAAUGUGCUGCAGACAAGCUUGUAAAACUCGAUCCAUCGGACAGUGGAAUCUAUGUACUCAUGUGCCAAAUAUACGCAAGUAAAAGUAAAUGGGAUCAGGUGAAGAUGCUGAGGAUGUUGAUGAGAGAUAGAGGGGUAAAGAAGAAUCCUGGAUGUAGUUCUAUUGAGGUGGAUGGAAAAGUUCAUGAGUUUUUGGUGGCAGAUGUUUCACAUGUUCAGUCAGAAGAUAUUUAUGCAGCAUUGAGUAACAUUUAUUUCCAUUUAAAAUUGGAAGGUUAUGUUCCUCUAACUUGACAUGAGUGUCGCACUGCUUUCUUCCUUGUUCAUGCACCUCAUAAUAGCCAUGGAUGUAGAUAGAAAAUGAAAACUUAGCAGCAGACAUCAUUCCAUAAUAUUUAAAGCUCAGCUUCAUGCAAUCGUGAUUUACAUA